AUGUCUCUUCAGCGCUGGUCUGGGAUUGUGCGAUCACAAUGCCGGUCUUGUGCUCGCAGCAGUCCUUUUCUCCGUCCUUCUCGUUUCGACACCUCAGUACCGACAACAACAACCACACCUACCCUCCUAACUACACGAUACUAUGCAAAAAGUGCUCCGACAUCUCCAGCUGCAAGGAAUAAGAAAAUCAGAUAUGGAACCCCUUCGCCAACAAGAACCUGGACCGAAUUCGUUGAAGAUUACGCAACUCUGAGGGAAAAGUUUGAGAAGGAUUACAAGUGGCUUUACGAGGAUGGCCGCAAGUCCGGUGCCUUGAAUCCAAAGCUGGGACCCCAAAAAUUCCUGGAAAUCGGGCGGAAAUUGCUACAUGAAGCUUUAUAUAGCAGUGCGACUGAGCAGGCGGUGAACAAUAUAUGCCCAGGCGAUCCCGAUAGCGUAUUCGACGUGGGUAAUGGAAUCUAUUGCGCGAAUCAAUGGGCAGCACAGUUCGGAGCUUGGGUGUACAAGGCGACUGCACGAGCUGGCGCUAUGAUACCCUUAGCCUAUGUCAUUGUACGGCAGUUAGACAAGACAGGGGGUAACCUGAGAUCGGUGGAGACGGAGAGAAUGAUCAAGAUUGCUCGUGAAAAACGACAUCCUUUAGCGCUCCGUAUGUGGGCGGAGAUCUUAUGGAGUUCGAAUCGGGCAGAUGAAGCUCUUGAAAUCCUGACCGAGCUCGUGAAAAUCACAUACCCGUCAAAUAUGCCAGAAAGUCAGCGGGAUGACAUUACGCUUCAAGAGAGCCUCAAACCGCCAUGGCAAUUAGUCGCGGAGAUUUAUAACUCUCAAGGGAAGUUCGCCGAAGCAGACGAGAUGAUGAAAUUGGGGGCUCUCACCUAUCGAGAUCCCAAAGCCCUUGUCGCAUACGCUUACCUAAGGAAAGAAGAAGAAGACUGGGAAGCAUACGAGCAAUGUUUGGUGGUAGCAGCAACCACAAAUGAUGGCGAGGCCUGUUUCCGCCUUGCGAACUACUAUUAUAACAUAUUCAAGGGCAAUAUCCCUUCGCGAGACGAGCUGAAUGCGAAGAAAAACCCGCUCGCUGCCCCUAUUUACAGGCUAUUCGGCCAGUCUCGCCCCAAGGAAUAUUUCCGUGCAAUGGCCAUGGAUUGGUAUGAAUUGGCAAUUAUGCAUGCUCAUGCCCCCGCUAUCAGGAAUUUCUCAAUCCUUCUACGUGAGGAUGGCGACUUAAUACAAGCUUUGUCCAUACUGAGUCGACUCGAGGAGCAGAAACCCGAAAUGUGGAAUAGUCCUAAUAUUGUGAAGCUACGAGAUAAUUUUGCUGAUCUCUCCUUUCGGCCAGAGUUGCCUCCUUCGUGGAUUGCUUUGUAG